CAAAUCUUACUUAUCUGUGGUUUUAUCACAGAAUAGUAAAUUUAUGUUUUGAUUUGUCUAACGUUUGGAUGAUCGAUAGAGAGGUUAUAUUUUGACCAAAAUGACUGAUUCAGGCGAGGAAUCUGAAUUCAUGAGAUUUUUAGUCCGUGCGUCUAUAAAAGAAUCCAACAGAGAAAAGCUGUCAGAAUCAUCUUCCAAAAGAAUAGAACCAGAUAAAGUUCCGAAAACAAAUGUAGAUAACAAAUUUUUGUACAACUUAUCAAAUGAACUUGUCAGAAUUGAAUACCCUGGACUUGUAAAGAAUGCAUCAAAGGCUAUUAAAACCCUUGGUGGGAUGUCCGGCAUUGAAAUGGCAGCAUCUAACUCACGAAUUAAACUAGAGCUACACUUUCAUCCAGAGAACAAAUAUAAUAAGCCGAGUUUUGCAGAUAGAGACUUAAACCCCGGUCUUUUAGUUCGUGUCAAGGAAAGCCAAGGCAAAGUUGACUAUGACAUUGUUGGAUACACUGGGGUGAAUUUCAAAUUCAACAAAAUGUGUGAGUUUCAGUAUUUACCUUUAGUUCCUACCAAAAAUUUUAGUGAAGAAGAAGUCGAGUACAUCUAUGAUAAAAUAAUACCGCAUAAAAUUCCCGAUCUAGAGUACUUUUGUGCUAAAGACAAUGCCGAGCAACCUUUGUAUUCUUUACCAUCAGGAUUCUCCCGAUACGAUUAUCAAAACACCUUAUACUUGAAAGCAGGAGAAAAGUUCUGCUUGGACACCAACACCAGACCUGAGCUCUUCAGAAUGUUUGACCAUAGGAAACCCAGAAAUAGGUUACCGACGACAUGUAUAACAAAAGUGAUAAGAGUGCUAGAUUCUAAUGUUGAGAUUCCCACUGAGCCAUAUCCUGGUACUAUGGAGCUUAUAAAAGCUCGAAAGUAUGAAGAUGCUUAUGAAGAUGUUAAAAAGUUGUUUGAAGAAAAACCUAUGUUGACCAAAAUAGAAAUACGACACAAAACUGGUAUAACAAUGGACAUGUCUAAAAUCAUUCUUCCAGCAGUUGCCUAUUUCUGUUCCGCUCGCCCAUGGCGCAUGGUUUGGGCGAGAUUUGGUUAUAACCCGCUGAAGGACGUCAACUCUAGGGUAUACCAAAUUUUGGAUUUCCGAAUAAGAUCUAAAGCUGGCACAACAAUCAAAGUCAAUGCUAAACGACCAUAUACAAAACAACUGGGAGUUUUAGCAUCUCUACCAAAGAAAGUGUCAUCCUCAGGCUGUUCCUCUGAGGAUAAAAACCAAGACUUCCUAGAAGAAAGGAGCUACAUCUUGAGCCCUGAGUAUAUUCCUCCAGCUAGGCAAAUGUUUUACCAGUUCUGCAACAUUAAAAUUCCUGAAAUACAAGAGAUGUUCCAACGUCUUCCGAAAUUGUCAAGCCAUCAGAAGUUAGAUCCAAAAACUGGCUGGUUGCCCAUGAAUUUCAUCGAACAGUGUCGGGAGAUAGCCAACAAAUACGUCAUCGAUAGGGUGCACCAGGAACUGAUUGAAGACAGCAUUAGGCUGCAGGGGCAACAGGAAGAUACAGAGUUGCAGGAAGAUGAAGAAACAAGAGAAUCUACUUCAGCUCACUGUAGCAGGAUGUUGGGCAAUAUGAAAAUGGGGAUGUACAGUAGCUUCAAUAAGUUUCCGGUUGGUGGGGAGAUCAGUUUUCAAUCCCAGGAUUCACCUAUGAUAGUGGAUACUGUUGAAUUGGAAGACAGUCUGAUUGGUGAAGAAGUAGAUAUGAAUGACGUUGUCAACUCCAUACCAGAAACGAUGCCAGAAAAUUCUGAUGAUGAGAAUCUCAGUCAGUGCUCAGAUGGAGAGAUAGACCUGGAAACAGCGGAUGAAAUUAACAAACUGAUAGAAGCAACCAAAAAAAAUUUGGAAUUUCCACACAAAUGAUGAUUGUUAUAUAUAAAUGUUAUAAUGAAAUUUGUUAUUCAUUUUCAAGCAUUAUGACGAUUUUAUAAAGUUUUUAAAUGUUUGAAUAACAUUAUUUGAAUACCA